AUGGAAACACCCGGCGGCGAGCGCCAUUCCACUUCCCGGCCGCGCACCGGCGGGUGGCCAGCGGCGAUCAUCAUCAUCGGUGAGCCCGCCGUCGCGAUCAUCAUCAUCAUGAUCUGCUCCCUUUCUUCUGCUCUCUCUCUUCUUCCCCAUGACGCUCUUCUUCCAUGGGCCAUGCAGGUGUAGAGGUGGCGGAGAGGUUCGCCUACUACGGUGUCAUGUCCAAUCUCAUCACCUACCUAACGGGCCCGCUAGGAGAAUCCACCGCCACAGCGGCAGCCGACGUCAACACCUGGCUUGGCGCCUCUGCGAUGAUCCCCUUCCUGGGGGCCUUCGUCGCCGACUCCUACCUCGGCCGCUACCGGACCGUCCUCCUCGCUUCCAUCCUCUACUUCCUGGUCUGCCUCACCUUUGCUUCCUGGGGAUCUUCCAUUUUAAUGGAGAGAAGUCCAUUUUAAACGAGUCUCUUGUUCGGAGUUGCAGGGCCUGCUCAUGCUGACCCUCUCGGCGAGCCUUCCCUCUCUCCGGCCGCCGGACUGCACCGCGCUGGAGGGGGACGCGGGGCUCUGCCCGCCGCCGUCGCAGUCCCAGGUCUUCUUCUUCUUCGCCUCCCUGUACAUGGUGGCGGUGGCGCACGGCGGGUACAAGCCCUGCAUACAGGCCUUCGGCGCCGACCAGUUCGACGGCCGCGACCCCUACGAGAGCAAGUCCAAGAGCUCCUUCUUCAACUGGUGGUACUUCGGCAUCUGCAUGGGCAUCCUCACUGCCCUCCUCAUCCUCAACUACAUCCAGGAUAACCUCGGCUGGGUCCUCGGCUUCGGCCUCCCCUUCAUCUCCAUGGGCUUCGCUCUGGGCCUGCUCCUCCUCGGCAGCAGGAUCUACCGCCACCAGGCCCCCGACGAGAAGUGCCUCUCCGUCAGGAUCGCCCGGGUCGUGCUGGAGCUGCUCAGGAACCGGCUCCUCUGCAUCUUCUCCGCCGCAGCCGCCGCCUCCGGUGGAGCACGCGAGUCCCUCCUACCCCGCAACACCCAGUUCAAGUAAGAACUCGACUGAAUAUCUGCUCGUUCCAUCGGGUAGGAGAAUCCUCAGCGCUUGUGUGUAAAAACCAGGCUCUCCGACGACAAGGCGGCGGUGAUCAUCGUCGACCCGCAUCUCUCGUCACCGCCGCUGCAAGUCCAGGCGGCGGACGCGGCCAGCGCCAUGGAGGAGGCCAACGGGAUGCUGCUGCUGCUGCCUAUCUGGGCCGCCUGCCUAGUCUACGCCGUCGUCUUCGCGCAGCCGCCGACCUUCUUCACCAAGCAGGGCAGCACCCUCGAGCGACACAUCGGCGGCGACUUCCAGAUCCCACCAGCGGCGCUGCAGGGCUUUAUCAGCGUCACCAUCGUGCUCUUCCUCCCCGUCUACGACCGCGUCCUCGUCCCCGCCGUCCGGCGGAUCACGGGGAACCCCUCCGGCAUCACAAUGCUGCAGAGGAUCGGCCUGGGGAUGCUCCUCUCCGUCGUCUCCAUGGCGGUGGCGGCGCUGGUGGAGAUGAAGCGACUGCGGACGGCGAGGGAGCUGGGCCUGGUCGAUCUGCCGGCGGUGGCGCUCCCCAUGAGCCUCUGGUGGCUCGUCCCACAGUACGUGAUCUUCGGGGUCUCUGAGGCGCUCACCAUGGUGGGCUUGCAGGAGUUCUUCUACGACCAGGUGCCUGAUGGGUUGCGCAGCCUCGGCUUGGCCCUCUACAUGAGUAUCUUUGGCAUCGGGAGCCUCCUCAGCGGCUUCCUCAUCUCCACCAUCGACAGGGUCUCCCUUGGAAAAGGGGAAAGCUGGUUCUCAGACAAUCUCAACAGGGCCCACCUCGAUUACUUCUACUGGCUCCUCGCAGGCCUCAGCGUCGCAGGCCUGGUCGUCUACCUGCACUUCGCCCGCUCCUACCUUUACAAGAAGAAGACUUGA